AUGUCCGACCGCUACGACAACUCGCGGCGCCGCGGCGCCCUGAAUCACUGGGUGCCGCUCGUCCUAACGCUGACCAUUGCGACCGCCGGCAUCGCUGCGUGGGCUUGGAGCCAGCGUAACCACGACGACGACUACGAGGACGAGGAGGGCGAGCACAGCGGCUUCAUGAGCGGCGGCAACGGCAGUGGCCCCAACCAAGGCUCUGGCCGUCCAAGCAACCAGCAGCGGCCAUACGGCGACGUCGACUACGACCACGCCGACUACGGCGACAACCCGCCGUACGGCGUCUCGACGCCGCAGCCGCCGGGCAGCGCCGUUGGGAACACCAUCAACCUGGCCGAUGCCUCCGGCUCCUACGUCGGCGGCGUCCCCAAUGCGCCCGGUAGCGGCUGGGGUGCGCGCAUGACAGAUGCGCUGAACCGCACGGGCAGCCCGCAGCACUGGGUUGGCAAUGCCAGCAAGGCUGUGACGGCCGGCAUCUCGGCUGCGUCGGCAGCGGUGGGUGGCGCUCUUGCGUCGAUCCGCGAGGGCGACAAGGACGCGUAUGCCGACCAUGAGACCUGGUCUGAGGAAGCCGAUGCGCGCCAUGAGCGUCCGGCCGCCGCCGCUGCUGCUGCGUCGUCGGUUGCAGCGCCCUUCGCCAAGGACGUCGUUGGCCGGAAGCGCAAGACGGUCGCUAUCGUCGUGUCGGCAGCCCACGACCUGGACGUCGACGAAGACGGCUUCCACGAGCAUGCUUCCAUCCUCUCGUACAUUCCCCGCCAGACGGACUUCUCGCGCACACGGAUAUUCGUGCUCGUCUACGCGCCCGGUCUCAAGGACAGCGCCUUGCUCGACCCGGGGGCGUCCAGCUUCCAGCAGCCCAACUCGCUGAGCUCCUCCUUCUCCAACAUCGCUGCUGACGCUGCUCAGUCGCCCAAGCAGGAGGCCAAGGCUCCGUCGGCCAGCGUGGCCUACAACGCCCUCCACUCGCAGGCUCUCGCGCUUGUCGAGAAGGACUCGGAGAUUAUUCCCUUCACGUCGCCCAACGGCCACGCCCACAUCCUCCACCUCCUCGAGCCCGACGUCGUGUACCUGCAAGAGUCUCUGACCGGCGACAACGGCGCCACCGUCAACCAAAUCCAGAACUGGUUCCGCAACGACAUUAUUGUCGUUGUCGGGGCCGACAACGGCCACGGCGGCCUGGCCGACAGCGAAUCGGAGGCCGAGAAGCCGGCCGGCGAUGCUGCCGCAGCGCAAAAGUGGUGGGAGCGGGAGGACCGUGUUGGCCGUGGCCGUGGUGUCGUCGUCGUGGACGGCAUGCGUGUCAACGACGACUGGCUGCGCCGUGUGCAGAACAAGGAGUAA